UCACUACACUACUCCAUCCCCUUCCUCUUCUUCAACAAAGCUCUGCAACUCGUUACUGACAAUGGCUUCUCGAUGUUCACUUCUCAGCAAGCUUCUUUUGCCCCUUUUCAUCGCUUACAUUGUCUUGUCAAGAUCGAAAGUCGAAGCCCAAGUUGAAGAGAGAAGCUUGAAGCUGAUGGAUGAUGCUUUGGAAUGGCCGCUUUCAAUGUUGCUUUACAGUGACUUAAACGACGACGAAGACGACGAGGAGAUGGAGGGUGAAGAUGGAAACGGAUAUGGUCGUAGAUCUUUGUUUUGGAAGAGGAUGAAGUAUUACAUUUCGUACGGCGCGCUCUCGGCUAAUAGAAUCCCAUGUCCACCGAGAUCGGGCAGGUCUUAUUAUACGCACAACUGUUUCCAGGCUCAUGGACCGGUUCACCCUUACUCUAGAGGGUGUUCAAGGAUCACCCGUUGCAGGAGAUGAGGCUAAUCAUUAAGGACCAAACUUUUUUGGAUUUUGCCUUUUUUGUGUGCUUUUCUUCUUCUUCUUGUCUUAAUGUGUGGAUUAGCUAUAUAACUAUGAAAUCGUGGUGUGUAAUUUGGUUAAACUACUUUAUUAACGUUACGGUAGUUCCUU